ACAUCCUUCUCUGUCCCCCCCCCCUACCAAGUGAAAAUCCUACAAAGAUCUCUCAAAAUAUUUUCUUAAAAAUGGAGGAGAUAAUCUCACUGAUUCUUCUUCUCUCUUAUUUUAUGUAAUCCCUUCACUAACUCGAGCUCCAGUUUCCAUCUUUCAAACCGGAAAGAGAAAGAAAAAAAAGUAGAAGAUAGAAAACGUGUUGGAAAAGCAGAGUUCUACAGGUAGAUAUAUAUAAAAGAAUCUCCAUCUAUAAUGGCGUCUGAGCUAAAACAAACUCUAACCAAGAGAUACGGUGCUCUUCAACUAUGGGAGAUCAUAGUCAUUGCUCUCUUUGCGGCUUUCAUACUAAUCCUCAUCAUCUCAGUAUGGCUCAGCUUCCGUAAAAAAUCAAGAAGAUCUAACUUCACACAGCUUCCCAAAACGCAAACCACUCACCUUCCAGAAGAAAUCAAAGACAUAAGCGUUGAUCAUGUUUUGUCUAACAACAACGGUACAUCUCAUCAGACUCUAGAUGAGAAGUUCAACGAGAGAGACAUUGAGAAUGGUGAUGGUAACUACUCUGGCUCGUUAGAGAAAAAGACCGCGGUUAGGUCAACAUUUGUCUCCUGCUACUGCUCCUUCAGCAGCAACAGCUCAUUCGCCUCUCUCGGGUCUUCCAGAGGGCUCUCACAUUGGUUGGGGCCAUUUGGUUCACUCUACGUGACCUUCAGCUCGCGACUAAUCACUUCUCCAAGGAGAAUAUCAUUGGUGAUGGUGGCUAUGGAGUUGUUUACCAAUGGAACUCUAGCUAACAAAACCCCUGUGGCUGUCAAAAAGUUGCUCAACAAUCCGUAA